UUAUAUUACGCCCACGUAUAAGUAAUCCAGUAUUCACAACUCCCACUAAUGAAUAAUAGAUACAUACAUACACUGAUACAUAUACUCUAAAGUCCGUCCUUGAAAUUUGCUGGACAAACCCAUGAAGCUCAUCCAUCGUUCCAAGAAUCAGCAUGAGCUUGGUAUGCUAGUGAGGAAAUUGUUACAUUUAAGAAAUAAGACGAAAAAUGAUCACACUGCCCAAGCUGUGGAAGACGAUUUCGAUAAUACUGAAUGUGAUACAGAAGAAGUUUGUGUAUGGCCGAGGGAAUCCAGAUUUGAAGAUAACAAAGGCGAAGCGGUCGUAGUUGAUCCCAGCGCUAAUCUUAAACAAUCACUUCCUAGAUCAAGAAGGCGAAACUCUGAGACAUUCAGGGCACAGUAUAUAACUGCAAAAGAAAUCAGAGUAUUUGCUGGUACGUGGAAUGUUGGAGGUGAACUUCCACCAGAUGACCUAGAUAUUGAAGAAUGGUUAGACAUCAGAGAACCUGCUGACAUAUAUGUUAUCGGUUUUCAGGAGAUCAUACCAUUAAAUGCUGGCAAUAUCUUUGGUGCUGAGGAUAGUCGUCCGGUUCCAAAAUGGGAACACAUCAUUGGUGAAACACUUAAUAGAAUUCAACCUGGAAAAACGAAGUGUAAAUGCUACAGCAAUCCUCCAUCUCCAUCAAGAUUUAAGCAAUCGAAGGAUUUUCCACAUAUUGAAGAUGAAGUAUUGCUUGAAACUGAUAAUGAUGAGCAGGAUGAGACAUAUUCAUCGAAUGACGAGUCCAAUUUCAAUGAAAAUAGAGAUGAACUUGUUACAGGGAAAGAUGUGCUCCCAUCCGUGGGUGCUUCUUCCCCUACUUCUAGAGCUAAUUUAGGAAAGCUAGUUGAGGAACAGUCACCGGGAUUGAUUACGCUAAAUUAUCUGCCACUAGAAUCUGAGGGAAAUGCAGAUGCAUCCAUUCCUGUACAUAGUAAUAGAAUAAGAAAAACGCUCAGCAAGUCAGAAAUGGUGGGCUUAAGCUGGGCUGAACCACCAUUGGAUCUUUUGGCUCAGUGUAUAUUAGAUAGGCCUGAUUCACUUAGAUCCUCGAAGUCUUUCAAAGCUUCUAAAUCUUUUAAUACGUGUAAUUCUGCUAAAUCAUCUGUAAGUGAUGAUGCUAGAGUCCAGUCAGAGACAGCUUCUAUCUCAAAAGUUGGCGUCGAAUCACUUGUGAAUCGAAAGAGAAAAUCCCAUUACGUGAAGAUAGUAAGCAAACAAAUGGUCGGUAUCUUUGUCACUCUAUGGGUCCACCGAAGUUUGCGAAAACAUAUCCAAAAUGUAAAUGUGUCUACUGUUGGUGUUGGUGUUAUGGGUUACAUAGGCAACAAGGGUUCAAUAUCAGUCAGCAUGUCUAUACACCAAACGCUUUUCUGUUUCAUAUGUACUCACCUUUCAGCUGGUGAAAAAGAAGCGGAGGCUAUUAAAAGAAAUGCUGAUGUAAGAGCAAUACAUCGUAGGACCCAUUUUAAUUCCUUUGCAAGCAUUGCACUUCCUAAAAGCAUCCAUGAUCACGAGAGAAUAAUUUGGUUAGGAGAUCUUAACUACCGCAUUAAUAUGCCCUAUGAUGAAACACGACAGCUUAUCUCCAAAAGGCACUGGUCUGAGCUGGUUGAGUAUGACCAGCUUGCUCGUGAAUUCAGAAGAGGUAGAGCAUUUGAUGGAUGGUCAGAAGGUACCUUAGACUUUCCACCAACUUAUAAGUAUGAGCUGAAUUCAGACAAGUAUCACGGAGAAGAUCCAAAAAUUGGUAGACGAACUCCAGCAUGGUGUGACCGCAUCAUAUCAUAUGGAAAAGGAAUGAAGCUUAUUAGCUACCGGAGGUCGGAGCACAGGAUCUCUGAUCACCGUCCUGUGGCUGCAACAUAUGUGGUAGAGGUUGAAGUUUUUUGUCCAAAGAGGUUACAAAAAGCCCUUUCGUAUACUGAUGCAGAAAUCGAACAUGAUGAAGCUGUUGCCAUGACGGAAUAUGACGAAAUUAACACAAAAUUAUAAAACUACCAGGGAUGUUGUGCAUUUAAAGUGCACUUGAAUGAACAAAUAGUACAGCAUAUGAUUAUUAUUCUUGUAAUUGCACACUUCAACACUCACUUGCAUAAAUUAUAUCCCGUAUGGAAUUUUAGUACAGAAUCAAUGUGAUAAAUAUAUAUAUUAGUUUUAGUAUA